AGUCUUCAAUUCUUAUUAUUCCUCAGUGCUAGGCGUAAAUCGGACAAUUUGUAUUAAUAAAACCCCAUAAUGCAACACCCUUUGAAAUGCAGGGGAUCAUCGACUUGACAAAAAUGAAUCGCUCAAACGCGCCCAUUCUCUCUGUUUGAGUCUGGGUGCACGUUAACUGGAAACUCCCAGCGUCGUCCGGGCUCCUGACACUGUGACUGAAUGGAAUCUCACUGCCAUACAGAACUACGUCUCCCAGAAUCCAAGCCUCCUUUUACCGGCCUAAACGUCACAUUCCUGCAUUCCCCGGUGUCUGGAAGCGUAAUCUUUUCUUUCCGAACACAUUUCUCUCCGGAGAAAUACACCGAUGACACGGCGGGUUUAAUAUCAGGAGGUUCUUCAGGAUUCCCCCAGCUGUCCGAAUCCAAGAUUUGGGUCCCUCCCUCCUCCUUCCCUCCGUCCCCCGGCAGGUGGCAGGCAGCAGGUCGCCAUGGAGAACUCGUCUGUGGCGUCAGCAUCCUCAGAGGCUGGCAGCACGCGGUCGCAGGAGAUUGAGGAGCUGGAGCGCUUCAUCGACAGCUACGUGCUGGAGUACCAGGUGCAAGGCCUGCUGGGAGAUAAGAACGAGGCAGACCUGGACGGAGACAACAAGCCCCAGUCCCACAUCUCACAGUGGACAGAGGACUGCAAUGACAGGAAAGAUGGGAGUUGGUCAUCCUCACGGGGGAGGGGCUCCACCAAACCGGAUGAGUGGGAUCACAGUAGUAAUGGCAGUACAGGGUCCAGGCCCAGCUCUGGUUCAAGGCCUGGUUCAGGUUCUAGGUCCGGCAGCAGAGGGAGGAACAACCAGUUCAGAGGGCCAGCCAAGGUACAGAACGGCAACAGAGAAGGGUCAUUUGACAUCCUGGGUACUGAUAUCUGGGCUGCUAACACCAUGGACUCUCAUGGGGGGGCGACAUGGGACCUCCAGCCUGAGAAGCUAGACUUCAGUCAGUUCCACAGGAAACCCUUCAGAGGAACACCAAAGCAUCUACCACACAUCGACAGAGAGGGGAUGAUGAAAGGCAAGUUUGAAGAUGAUGAUGACGAUGAUGGCAUUGACCUGAAUGACAUGGAGAAGUUCCUGCCAGGCCUUACUGGUUUCCUGCCCCUGCCUAAUGAAGCAGAGAUCGCACACACCAAAACGCUCUUCCGACGCAGGAGGAACGACCGACGGAGACAGCAGCAGCAGAGACCUCCGGGAGGGGGAGGAGACAGGAAGACCCAGAAUCCUCAGCAGCAGUCGCCACAACGACAACAACCUCCAUCUCAACAACAACCGGUCAAUCAGCAACAGAAUGACCAGCAGCAGCCCGGGCCGGGGGGUCAUGGUAGAUACCCUCGUGACCAACAGCAGCAGCAGGGAGGACAGCGUGGAGGUAGCCACGGGCAACAGUUCCAGGGCCAUGGCGGGCAGCGUCAGGGACCUCCCCACCACGGCUAUAGCCAGAAUCGCCGCUGGCACCACAACCAGAAGGGACAGGGGGUAGGACAGGGACUGCAGGGGCAAGGGGGCCCGGCAGGUGACAGGGACAGGGGGGCAACCACAACGGGAGACAGGGACCGAGGGGGGGCACCAACGGGAGACAGGGACCGAGGGGGGGCACCAACGGGAGACAGGGACCGAGGGGGGGCACCAACGGGAGACAGGGACAGAGGGGGGGCACCAACGGGAGACAGGGACAGAGGGGGGGAACCAACGGGAGACAGGGACAGAGGGGGGGCACCAACGGGAGACAGGGACAGAGGGGGGGCACCAACGGGAGACAGGGACAGAGGGGGGGCACCAACGGGAGACAGGGACAGAGGGGGGGCACCAACGGGAGACAGGGACAGAGGGGGGGCACCAACGGGAGACAGGGACCGAGGGGGGGCAACCACAACGGGAGACAGGGACAGGGGGGAGGCACCAACAGGAAACAGGGACAGAGGGGGGGCAACCACAACGGGAGACGGGGACAGGGGGGCGGCACCAACGGGAGACGGGGACAGGGGGGAGGCACCCACGGGAGACAGGGACAGAGGGGGGGCAACCACAACGGGAGACAGGGACAGAGGGGGGGCAACCACAACGGGAGAUAGGGACAGAGGGGGGGCAACCACAACGGGAGACAGGGACAGAGGGGGGGCAACCACAACGGGAGACAGGGACAGAGGGGGGGCAACCACAACGGGAGACAGGGACAGAGGGGGGGCAACCACAACGGGAGACAGGGACAGGGGGGCACCAACGGGAGACAGGGACAGGGGGGCACCAACGGGAGACAGGGACAGAGGGGGGGCAACCACAACGGGAGAUAGGGACAGGGGGGCACCAACGGGAGACGGGGACAGAGGGGGGGCAACCACAACGGGAGACAGGGACAGAGGGGGGGCAACCACAACGGGAGACAGGGACAGAGGGGGGGCAACCACAAUGGGAUACAGGGACAGAGGGGGGGCAACCACAACGGGAGACAGGGACAGAGGGGGGGCACCACUCAGAAACACCAAAGAGACAAAGAAUGUGAAGGCAGAGGAGACCAGCACCAGACUGGAGACAGAGAGCUCCAGGGGCCCCAGUGAGGGGCUUCCCAGCCAGCCUGGGGGCCAGGAGAAGGGCCAGAGCCCGACGGGGAGUGACAAGCACAGGGACAGCCAGCUGGACGAGGGCCCUAAAGUCAGCCUGCUGCAGUCAUCCAAGGAGAGGCUGAGGAGGAGGCUAAAAGACAAGGAGGAGGCUGUGGUGUCUCCGGUCGGGCCCCAGCGGAGCCGCAUGCACCGCCUGCUGGAGAUCCUGAACAGCAUGAGGAGCAACAGAGCCGGGGUGGACAGCCAGCUCAGCUCCUUCAUGGAGGAGGCCCAGAGCUCGACCCAGUCAGAGGAGACCCUGGCCCAGAUAGUCAGCACCAUCUAUGACAAGGCCCUCAGCGACAGGAGCUUUGCUGCUACUGCUGCAAGGCUGUGUGACAAGAUGGCCCUGUUCAUGGUGGAGGGGACCAAGUUUAGGUCACUACUGCUCAAUAUGUUACAGAAGGACUUUUCUCGUCGGGUGGAGCUGCAGGCGUCUGACGUGGAGCUUUGGUUGGGAUUCAUCACCUUCCUGUGUGAGGUUUUUGGAACCAUGAGGUCCAGCGCUGGAGAACCGUUUAGGGUGUUGGUCUGUCCUAUAUACACCUGUCUCCGAGAGCUGCUGCAGUCUCCCGAGGUCAAGGAGGAUGCAGUCCUCUGUUGUUCUAUGGAGCUGCAGUCCACAGGUCAUCUCCUGGAGGAGCAGCUUCCAGAGAUGAUGACUGAGCUCCUUGCCACAGCCAGGGACAAGAUGCUGUGUCCGGCUGAGUCCCAGCUGACCCGCUCCCUCCUCAUGGAGGUCAUUGAGCUCCGUGCUCACCACUGGACCCCUCUGGAGGCCCUCACCACACAGUACUACAACAGGACCAUUCAGAAGCUCACCACCGCCUAGCUACCCAGGUCCCAGGCCUGGACCUAGGUUCACAUGUCUUCGGGUCUCUCUUGAAAAAUACAUUUUAUCUCAAUAAGACUACCUGGUUAAAUCAAAUAAAAAAGGUCCACUUGUCUGACAUAGGGAGGCCUUAACUGGGUUGAUAGCUAGGAGGCAUGGGACCGUACCGGGCGGCAGUACAGAAUUUAUCUUGGGACGAAAGGGUUUAGGUUACGGUUUGGGGAUGAGACAGAAACGUGAAACCAUGCAUAAACAAGACAAACACUACACACACAACUAAAAGGACUGGCCAUGCUGCCUGUUCCAACGAGAGGGGAGGAGGACAAAGAGUGGUUGUGAGGCGCAUAGAGGAGAAGGGUGUGUGGGGGUACAGUUCGGGUAACAGUCGUCUCUGGGGAACAGAGGGUCUCCUCGGAGGUUAAAAAGAGAAGGUGGUGUCCAGAGGGACAUUUCAUUCUCUAUCUCCUUUGUGCUUGUUUGCCAACUACCCCUGUCUGUUUCCUCUCUCUCCUCCUUCUCUCAGCUCUAGACCCCUUUCACCCCUAUCUGUUUCCUCUCUCUCCUCCUCUCUGUUCUCGACCCCUUCCACCCCUAUAUGGUUCCUCUCUCUCCUCCUCUCAGCUCUAAACCCCUUCCACCCCUAUCUGUUUCCUCUGCCUCUCCUCCUCUCAGCUCUAGACCCCUUCCACCCCUAUCUGUUUCCUCUGCCUCUCCUCCUCUCAGCUCUAGACCCCUUCCACCCCGGGGUCUAUGUGGCUGGCAGGGGGAGCAUGCCUCCCUCUAGUUUGUCCCCUCACCAGGCGACCCUCUCUGCCCAGGCCUCCCUCUCUGCCCCUCCACAGACCUGCCUGCCUGCCUCCCUCCCCCCCAGGACUGCCCCCUCCCCCCGGCCUUCCUGCCAACCUCCCCCCAGGGGACCCUCCAACCCCCCAGGCAACAUGGGACAGGCCUGCUUUAGUCCCCUGCCAGAUGCCUUUUGUGUGGCUGGGACACUGGGUCUGGUCUGCUUGGCUUGUUUUGACUGGCUGGCUUGCUGGCAGAUGGCUAACGUUACUGGAAGAAGACUCAAGUGGGCUGGCUGCAAGACACACACAGGCCAACCCAUCCUCCAACCCAGGCUAACCCAGCCAGGCCCCUGACAGAGAGGGCACACUGGGUCUGACUUGGGGGGAGAAGCAUCAAGCAACUGCUUUGUUGAGGCUUCUUUGUCAUUGUCCUUUUGGGAGGGGUUUAAUAUCCUCGCUUGUGUUACCUUCUGUGUUAAUAUUAUCAUUAUUAUUUCUUUUAAAUCAGGUUUAAAUAUGUAUGAUUAUGGAAUAUUUUAGGGCUGAUCUGUUGCACAGGUUUGAUUUGUUUUAAAUGGUUUUAAGGCGAUUAUUUGCUUUAAAAAUAUUCAAAAAUAACAAAUACAUUUUGACAGUGGUAUUGUGUACUAGCAUUAAAGGAUCCUCUAGCAUUAAAGGAUCCUCUAGCAUUAAAGGAUCCUCUAGCAUUAAAGGUUUGAGGUGUUGGUUGACUUGACUGAGGGAAGUUUUGAGGUGUUGGUUGACUAGACUGAGGGAAGGUUUGAGGAGUUGGUUGACUAGACUGAGGGAAGGUUUGAGGAGUUGGUUGACUAGACUAAGAGGGAAGUUUGAGGUGUUGGUUGACUAGACUGAGAGGGAAGGUUUGAGGAGUUGGUUGACUAGACUGAGAGGGAAGGUUUGAGGUGUUGGUUGACUAGACUAAGAGGGAAGGUUUGAGGUGUUGGUUGACUAGACUGAGGGAAGGUUUGAGGAGUUGGUUGACUAGACUAAGAGGGGAGGUUUGAGGUGUUGGUUGACUAGACUAAGAGGGAAGGUUUGAGGUGUUGGUUGACUAGACUGAGAGGGAAGGUUUGAGGAGUUGGUUGACUAGACUGAGAGGGAAGGUUUGAGGAGUUGGUUGACUAGACUGAGAGGGAAGGUUUGAGGAGUUGGUUGACUAGACUGAGAGGGAAGUUUUGAGGAGUUGGUUGACUAGACUGAGAGGGAAGGUUUGAGGUGUUGGUUGACUAGACUGAGGGAAGGUUUGAGGAGUUGGUUGACUAGACUGAGGGAAGGUUUGAGGAGUUGGUUGACUAGACUGAGGGAAGGUUUGAGGAGUUGGUUGACGACUGAGAGGGAAGGUUUGAGGAGUUGGUUGACUAGACUGAGAGGGAAGGUUUGAGGAGUUGGUUGACUAGACUGAGGGAAGGUUUGAGGAGUUGGUUGACUAGACUGAGGGAAGGUUUGAGGAGUUGGUUGACUAGACUAAGAGGGGAGGUUUGAGGUGUUGGUUGACUAGACUGAGAGGGAAGGUUUGAGGAGUUGGUUGACUAGACUGAGAGGGAAGGUUUGAGGUGUUGGUUGACUAGACUGAGGGAAGGUUUGAGGAGUUGGUUGACUAGACUGAGGGAAGGUUUGAGGAGUUGGUUGACUAGACUGAGAGGGAAGGUUUGAGGAGUUGGUUGACUAGACUGAGAGGGAAGGUUUGAGGUGUUGGUUGACUAGACUGAGGGAAAGUUUGAGGAGUUGGUUGACUAGACUGAGGGAAGGUAUGAGGUGUUGGUUGACUAGACUAAGAGGGAAGGUUUGAGGUGUUGGUUGACUAGACUGAGAGGUAAGAUUUGAGGUGUUGGUUGACUAGACUGAGAGGGAAGGUUUGAGGUGUUGGUUGACUAGACGAAGAGGGAAGGUUUGAGGUGUUGGUUGACUAGACGAAGAGGGAAGGUUUGGCUAGAAGGAAGAAUCAUAGACAUGGUUGGUUUGAAGUCAGUCAGAAGAGUGGCCUUGUCAUCUAUUAUAAUACAUGUAUGGAUUUGCGUCCUGUUUUAUAAAUGAAGGCUGGGAGGUAGAGAGUGCUUGUUGAGACGGAGUGGCCGAAUUUGAGUUUAUUAUUUCUUGCAAAAUGAAAUAUAGCUCCUUUAAGAGGAGGAAGAAACAAGCAUGAUAAAAUCCUUCUUCAAAUGGUCUUCUGUUCAAGCAGCCAUUUUGCAAGUCUUUAUAUCUGUAUAAUGAUGAAAUCUUUUAAUCUGUGUUAUUUUACAGAUUCUUUUUAUGAUAUAAUGUAGGUUGCUAGUAUGUGAUUCACAUUAUUCUGGCUUCUGCAAAUGUGUUUACCAUGAUAUUGACAUUUACCAACCCACUCAUCAUUCUAUCGUUUGAUGGGCUGUAUGUAAUCCACUGUACAGUAAUGACCCGUAUCUAAGAAAACAGAACGAGUGCUCAGCGGGAAUGGGACAAACAAAGACUAUGGCUACAUCCUAAUUAGCUAUAGGGUUGAAUAGGGUUGUGUGGAUAGGAAGGUGGCCUUUCUAUGUCUUCUUACUAUGGCUUCAGGUCAUGUUGAAUGAACUGCUCUGUCUGGGACAGUCUGUCAGUCCUACGACUACUAGUAUUACUUGCUCCUGAUUUCCCAUUGAAUUGAAUCUCUCUGGGAAGUUUUUUUUUUUUUUUUUCUGUCUUGCAUCAAGAAUCCAAAUCUUUAAGGUAGUCACACACCCAAGUCACUAGGAGGGUCUUGAAUUGAAACAUAUAUAUAUAUAUAUAUAUAUAUAAUGAGUUGGGAGAUCUAUACAAACCCAUCCGUCUAAGUGUGCGCAUGCCUAUGAGCUGAUUUUAUUUAUUUUGAGGUUUUUAUUUAAAAUGUUAAUUUAGUUUUUAUUUUAUCAAUGGGUUUUGAUUUUAAGUGACUGAAUCCAUUGUGAUACCGAUGAUCUCUUGCCUGGUAAGUGUGGUAUUACUGUGAUAUUUUAGAUUGAAAGCUAUGCUGUAGUGCUAUUGGCCGAUUCUGGUUCCAUAUGCAAUGUGGUGACUCAUUGAAACACAACGGGGUCCUUCCUCAUCUGUGACACUGGGCCUCCCGGCGCCCUCUGACACUUGACCUUUAGGUCACGUGACGUACCCGGACUAUUGAAUGCAACGCACCUCCAUUUGCAUGUCAUUGACAUUGGAAGGAGGGAGACAGAAUGAGAUGGGAGGUGUUGGCGUGGUUACUCAAGCGAGGCAAGCUAGUCUCCCAGCCAGAGGGUGAUGAGCUGUAGAAUUUGUGGUUGGUCGUCAAUUCGUUUUAUUUUUAUUUUUUAUUAAGCAAUUGAAAAAAAUAAACUAACUGAAAAGAGAAGUGGAAAAAAAA